AUGUCCAACGAUCCCACCUCCCCCAUCUCGGUCCCACAUGCAGAGAACCGUCGACGUCGUGGUUCCAUCGCCGACAUAUUCUCCAAGCCCAGCAACCCAUCCAACACCCAGGGUGCAAACCAACAGUCCAACCAGCGUCGGCUGUCAAUCACCACGCUAGGCCUCUCGGGUUCCCCCACUCAAGCAUCCGCCUUUGGUGGCAACCGCAACUUCCGUCGAGGUAGCCUAUCUAGCUCAAUGGGCUCCAACGUCCCGGCCGAAGAUGCCCUCGAGGAUGACCAAGCAACAGGAUCCUCGCCUAACUCGCAGUUCGGGAGACGCGUCUCCUUUGGUGCACAGGCCCUGCGUGAUGCUCGUGCAGGAAGCAUAGGCAAUGGUAGAAAUUACCCCCCUCCAUCUGCCGUAGGCGCGCGCCGUUCCCCUCCGGCUGGUUCAGCCAUUGUUACUACCCGUUCUUCCGCAAGUACUUCAACCUCUCCUCAGGAUGAGAGAUCUAACGCAUCACGCCGACCCUUAGGCGAAGGCUUUAACUGGUCAGAGGCCCUCCGCUCUCGUGCCGAGCGUGCCGAGCGUGCCCCUUCCCUCGGCAGCCCUGUCUCCCCACAGGCAGCCCAGCGUUCCGUCGGUCACCACCAGCGUGCUGCUUCCAUCGCGUCGAUGGAGCAGCCUAGCCGGGAAAUGCCCCGUCAGCCUAAGCAGAAUAAGCCGGAUUUCUUCCAGGAGAAGAUCUUGCGAGGUGACUUUAUGGAUUAG